GCAGCUUACAUAUCCAUGCAUUUUAUUCUGAAAACUAUUAUCGGUAGGGAGGAAGAACAGGCAGCGCUAGUUCGUUUGCUGGGGCAGAACAACCCAGUAGCCCCUUGCAUUGUAGUAAAUGGGCCUCCUGGGUGUGGAAAGUCAUUACUCCUGUCAUCUACCUUGGCUGACUUGGAGCUGAUUAAUGGCCAGAGGUGGGUCCUCGUAAGCUGCCUUGAAGGUUUCUCCUCUCUGACCUCUACUGCACCAUCACCGUCUUCGAGAUUUUUAUUUGAACUUGUGUUGCGCUCUAUACAAUCUCGUUACGGAUCUACCUCCACUGUGCUCUCCCGCUGCUGUGAUAAUCCUGUCAAGUUUUUGGACGCUUUGUGUGAGUUAAUGAGGGUGAUAACCAGCGAACGGCCAAAUUUUUCGAUAGCUAGUCUGGUGCUUGUGUUUGAUCAGGCCGAAAAACUCCGAGAUGCCGAUCCGUUUUUACUUCCUCUUUUGGUUCGCCUGGGCCCCUUGGUUGAGGAGCAACUACGUCGUGAGGAUUCAAUUUCUUGUAACGUUCGGCUAUUAACUAUCCUUGUUACGCAUUCCCUUUGGGAGAAGUUUUCUUCUGGGACUUUUCACCUCGAACCCGUGCUACUUACACUGCACAAUUAUUCACGAGACGAGAUGAUGCGUAUAUUGCUCUCCAUCAAACCAGAAGCGGCAUCAGAAGAACGAUAUCACCGAUUUCUGGACUUACUCCUCACAAUCUGCUUUCCUGUUUGCCGCAGUAUUUUUGAGCUGAUUCACCUCUCAAAGGUGAACUGGCCGGCGUUCGAGGAACCAAUUGUUAAGGGUAUGGUUAGUCCGGACGAUGAAUGGGGGCAGUGGAAACUAGCACAACCAACCCUGAAGCGUUCGCUAUCCACUCUAUACCUGCGAUCUCUGGCUGUCCCACAUUGGGGCCUUUCUGUUAAAUUUAGUGGUUCCGAGUUGGAACCUGCUCGUGUUGCUCCAAAUUUGGAAUUACCUUACUACGCAAGGUUUUUGCUUAUAGCUGCUUUUCUGGCCUCUUUCAAUCCGCGUGAAUCUGAUAGAAAGUUCUUUGCUAAGAAUAUUGGAAAGCAGACCACGCGAAUGAAGCGAAAGGAAAAAACCGCGGAGCGUACAAAUGCCCUUUUAACUGGACCCCGAUUAUUCCCCUUGGAUCGAAUGUUGGUAAUUUUCCAUGCCCUGAUUCGAAACGAAUCCGAACCCGCUCCACGUACAGCUCUUCUCACCAGCCAAAUUGCUUGUCUCACUGCACUAGGCCUAUUAGCUACCACGUCGCAGUUCACUGCUGUUGGCGGACUCUACACCUCCAGCUGUACUGUCGAUUCAACCUGUCUCUCAGACACAGACCCGUUGGCGAAUCCGAAAUACCGCUGCCUUCUCAACCUGGACACGGCAAAAGCCAUCGCUCGCACGAUCGAUUUCGACCUUCCAGCCUAUUUGGUGGACCUUUGUGGUGUCUGUUAAGAUGUCAUGUCAAUAUUUUCUAUCAUUUGUGUCAAUAGUUUGUCCUUUAUGCUUUCGGACCUCUACUCUUUUUGGGACAAUAAAGAAAUUUUCCAUUC